UUUCUUUCCGCUGUUAGGCCCGGUGCCGUUCCAAUCAUCGACGAUAUUGUCUGCUUCACCCUGGUUGCUUGGCCAUACCAUUGCUUCUCGCUAGCCUCCUAUUAUGGCUUCCAAAGGAUGGUUCAAUCUCGAGGCUGCGGCCGGCACCAUGCCAGAGACACAGUUCUUCGAGGGUGAUUCGGCGUUCAGCUUUCUCGGGCUCACGCGGACGCAGAGACUGUAUGGGUUCGUUGCAUGUCUGGCAGUUGGUUUUGUUAUGAGUCUUAUAGGAAGCAUCCUGCUGUUUGUAGGUUUGCUGGCAACCUUCGCUGUACUGUACGUCAUCGGGACUGUCAUCUCUCUUAUUGGGACAGGAUUCCUGCUGGGGUUCAUGAAGCAGCUCAAGCUUAUGUUUAAGCCAGUCCGAGUAGUGGCCACGAUUGUUUUCCUUGGAUCAAUAGUGCUAGUGUUCAUUGGCGCAUUCGUCAUCGGUAGCGAUGUCCUCUCCAUCAUCUUCGUCAUUAUCGAAUACCUCGCGUACACAUGGUAUACACUGUCGUACAUACCCUACGCGCGGUCGGCGGUCCUCAAGGUGUUUGGAAUGUCAUGAGUGUACACCAGCUAUGACAUAUCGGGUCUCGGAGUGGACGCUUUGCAUUUUGUCGCAUAUAUUUUAUUCGCUAUCCGCUUGUCGUGCCUCGAGGUGAACACUGUCUGGUAUCAGAGCUGUGUCGUGAAAG